AUGCAAAGCUACAAUGAUAGGUCAGGAGGAUGCAAAGCUACAAUGAUAGGUCAGGAGGAUGCAAAGCUACCAAUGAUAGGUCAGGAGGAUGCAAAGCUACUAAUGAUAGGUCAGGAGGAUGCAAAGCUACUAAUGAUAGGUCAGGAGGAUGCAAAGCUACCAAUGAUAGGCCUGGAUGAUGCAAAGCUACCAAUGAUAGGCCUGGAUGAUGCAAAGCUACCAAUGAUAGGUCAGGAGGAUGCAAAGCUACCAAUGAUAGGCCAGGAGGAUGCAAAGCUACCAAUGAUAGGUCAGGAUGAUGCAAAGCUACCAAUGAUAGGCCUGGAUGAUGCAAAGCUACCAAUGAUAGGCCUGAAUGAUGCAAAGCUACCAAUGAUAGGUCAGGAGGCUGCAAAGCUACCAAUGAUAGGCCAGGAGGAUGCAAAGCUACCAAUAUAG